AUGUCGUCGGAUGGAGAAUUCACCAGAACCCAAAUCUUUGGGACAGUGUUUGAAAUCACCAACCGAUACACGAAUCUUAAUCCUGUUGGGAUGGGAGCCUUCGGACUUGUGUGCUCUGCUGUUGACAAGUUGACAGGGCAAAAUGUCGCUGUCAAGAAGAUCAUGAAGCCUUUCAGUACCAGUGUUUUGGCCAAAAGAACUUAUCGUGAGUUGAAGCUUUUGAAGCAUUUGCGUCACGAGAAUUUAAUAUCAUUGGACGAUAUCUUUUUAAGUCCCUUGGAAGACAUUUAUUUUGUCACAGAGUUACAAGGGACUGAUUUACAUCGAUUGUUAACAUCCAGACCUUUGGAAAAGCAAUUUAUCCAAUAUUUUACCUAUCAAAUCUUGAGGGGAUUGAAAUAUGUACAUUCGGCUGGGGUUAUCCAUAGAGAUUUAAAGCCGUCCAAUAUCUUGAUUAACGAGAAUUGUGACUUGAAAAUUUGUGACUUUGGAUUGGCCCGUAUCCAAGACCCUCAAAUGACUGGGUAUGUCUCUACCAGAUAUUACCGUGCUCCAGAAAUCAUGUUAACAUGGCAAAAAUACGAUACAGAAGUAGACAUAUGGUCUGUUGGAUGUAUUUUAGCAGAAAUGAUUGAAGGGAAGCCCUUGUUUCCUGGUAAAGAUCAUGUUCACCAGUUUUCUAUCAUCACUGAGUUAUUGGGGUCUCCUCCUCAAGACGUUAUUGAUACCAUUUGUUCUGAAAACACAUUGAAGUUUGUUCGUUCUUUACCUCAUAGAGAUCCGAUCCCGUUCUCGGAACGGUUUGCUAAUUGUACUCAUGUUGAACAAGAAGCCAUUGAUUUAUUACUGAAAGUACUUGUGUUUGACCCCAAAAAGAGAAUUAGUGCUGAAGGGGCCUUGAAGCACAUCUACAUGGAGCCAUACCAUGAUCCAUCCGAUGAGCCGGUUUGCGAGUCCAAGUUUGAUUGGUCCUUCAACGAUGCAGACUUACCAGUGGAUACUUGGAGAGUCAUGAUGUACCGAGAGAUAUUGGAUUUCCACCAGGUUGUGGCUCAGAACGAACAACAAUAUUAUCAACAACAACAACAGAUCCAAAACCUGCAACAGCAGCAGCAGCAGCAGCAACAACAACAGCAGGCUGAAGCUUCUGCUUCUGCUUUGGCUUCGGCUUCGGCUUCGGCUUCGGCUUCGGCUUCGGCUUCAACGUCUAAUCAACCGGAAUGA